CGAUUUCAUGUCCAGCUGAUGAUCCUGCCUUGAAUCCUUUACAUGGUGAAGCUUUGUGCAGUUCUCCAGACUACGAAUACAAAACGAUGUGCUCUACAAGCUGUAAAAGUGGUUAUACCCCACUUGACAGAACAACGAUUGAAUGCCAGGCAAAUAAAAUGUGGUCAAACUCUUUAAAGGGAUGUACAGAUAACGAAAAACCCAUUGUGAAUGAUUGCCCUGCAGACAUAUAUAGAUAUGCUGAAAGAAAUAGCCAACCAACUAGGGUCUCCUGGACAGUACCCACUGCUGUUGAUAACUCAGGAGAAGCCACUAUCACACAAAUAGAAGGCAAAGCACCAGGAUCUUUGUUUUCCCCUGGAACUCAUAAAAUUGUCUACACCGCCUCUGACGCAAAUGGAAAUGAGUCCCCAAAUUGCACAUUUCAUAUAAAUGUUCAAGAUUUAAUGUGUACCCCUCCAACUAUAUCCGAUCGAUAUUUAACCUUUACAUGUCCUACCGGCUACAAUUUUGGUUCAUUUUGUGAACUCAGUUGUAUGGGAAAUUUCCCUUUGGUGGGCAAUGACACAAUAACGUGCGAACAAAAGAGAAAUGGGACAACUGUAACAGCAUACUGGGAUGUUGGAAAUGAAAUACCUUAUUGCAAAAGUAAGAGAAUAUGA